AUGGACGAUAUCCAGUCCGCUGAAAUAUCGCUCAAUGCGGUCAUAGCAGUGUUCGCAGUCAUCGCUGGAUUCGUUGUACACCAAAAAUACAACAAGGUGUCACUUCCAACGACGGAGGAAUACGUCCACAACGAUACUCCCAUUAAACCUAACGAGUACAAGCAUAAAAACAGAUACCUGGACUAUCUUCUAUUCGCUGGACUACUUGCCGGCUUGGGUUCCUAUAGCUGUGAAUUCGGUUACGCUGUGAUGGAGAAUGAUAAUGUUGCAUUGAGUCUGAUGGGAUUCUCUCAAUACGUCGUCUUUCUCUGCAUGGCUUAUGCAGGAUUAGAGUGCUUCGCGCAAAACUACCUUCUAGCCAUCACCACUGCACUCAGCUUGCUCGUAAAUACAGUCGUAUAUCUCCAUCCCAAGUCGUCGUCGAGUCCAGUACCACUUUUAGCGACGGCUACUAUGGUUUUCGCUGUGAUAAACAAGAGACCUGGUCCUGAUACUAUCCACAAACCAAUGUACCCUCACAGGAAUGACGUACUGCCAUCCAAGGUCUGCCAGUCGACCAAUGGAUCUAUCUUCGACACUCUCUUCUUCACGUAUGCAACACCUAUUGUGCGAAUGGGAUAUGAAAUGCCCUCAUCUAUGGGUAUAGACAAUCUACCAUUCGUACCACCUUACCUGCGUGCAAGGGCUCUUUUCGAAGGUAUCAGAAGAGUGAUGGUAUUCAAACCAUUGCCAAAGUAUCACAAAAACUCAGACGUCAGCGCUACGCCGCUGUUCAUGAACAUACUAAGGGCUAACAAGUACCAGGUUAGCAUGCUCGUUGGUCUCUCGCUUCUCAUUGCCAGCUUGUACUACACGCCGGCAAUCUUCCUCAAAAAGCUCCUUUCAUCUAUCGAGGACAAGGAGAGCGCGUCUUGGCAAUGGUACUAUGCUAUGUGCUUGUUCUUUAGUUCGAUUGUCUUGUCCUUGUUUUCAGGUCAGGUAUGGUCAUUCGCAGCUACACAGUUCGUCGGCCGUAUUCGCACUCAGCUCAACUCGCUUUUGUUUGCGAAAACACUCUCGAAGAAGGAUAUAUCAGUAGCAUCGAAUAAUGAGGAUGAUGACGACGACAUUGCAGUCAAGUCCAAGUCGCAGGUUAUGACUCUAAUGACUGUCGACGCUGAUAGGAUAAGUCAGUCUAGUAUUAUGGUAUUCACUCUUAUGGACGCUCCUAUUGAAUUAGCCGUCGGUUCUGUCUUCCUCUACACGCUUUUGGGUCAUUCAGCUCUCGUUGGUCUGCUCGUUAUUGUUUUGUUCUUGCCGCUUAAUCACUACUCUGGCAAAUUUGUCGUCAGAGCACAAGACAAUCUCAUGGAAGCACGUGAUCACAGAACAAGUAUAAUGAAUGAAAUACUAUCCUCAAUUCGCAUUAUCAAGCUUAGUGGCAGUGAGCGUAGAAUAAUGUCACGCGUUUUUGGCGUCAGAAGAGCAGAGCUAUAUCAGCAGAAGCUCAACUAUCUCAUAGAAGUUGCAUUCAACCUUAUUUGGGACUCGUCGCCAUUUCUAGUCUCAUUGACUGCAUUCAUGCACUAUACACUCUACAGAAGACUACCACUUACGCCAGCAAUUGCAUUUGCCAGUGUAUCGGUAUUCAACGAAAUGCAAUUUGCCCUGAACGGUCUACCAGAAUGUUUUAUAGGAUUCUUGCAGACAUUUGUUUCAGUGCGCCGCAUUGCAUCUUACCUCUCCAGUCAAGACGUCGAUAACGUCUGCCACCCGGGCUCUUUCAUCCAGGUAUCAAAUGAUGCACACAUGAUCCUGCGUCAAACCUCGUUCGCAUGGCCAACAGUAAACACCAAUAAGGGGAUCGACGAUGGUGAUGUGUUUACACUCCACAGCAUCGAUUUCGAAGCUAUGCCGGGACAGCUGUCGCUUGUGUGCGGUAAGUUGGGCUCCGGUAAGACACUGUUCCUCAACGGAUUACUUGGUGAGGCUGAUCUCGUUGGUGGGUCACUGCGUGUCCCAAGAUCUGACUUCCACAUCAUGGAACAUUUCCCUCAGGAAAAGCCAACGAUGAAUGAAUGGCUGGUUGAUUCAAUGACAGCAUAUGCUCCUCAGACACCUUGGUUGAUGAAUGCUAGUGUAAAGGACAACAUCAUUUUCUACCAUCCGUUUGAUGCCAAAAGGUACGAGGAGGUACUGAACGCUUGUUCGCUCAAAAACGAUUUGGAGUAUAUGGAAGAUGGAGACCAGACUGAGAUCGGUGAACAGGGACUCAAUCUUUCCGGUGGCCAGAAGGCUAGGGUGUCUCUUGCAAGAGCAGUUUACUCUCGUGCUACCACUCUUCUGUUGGACGACGUACUCUCGGCUGUGGAUUCACACACCUCUGCUUGGAUAUUCGAGAAGUGUAUUAAAGGCCCGCUGCUCGCUGAGCGUAAUGUCAUUCUCGUCUCACAUCACAUCCAACUCAUCGGACAGGCUGCAGACAACAUAAUUGCCUUUGACAACGGAGAAGUCAUCUUCAGUGGUACAACUGCUGAGUUCGAUGAGAGCGAAGUAAAGCCAACGUUGAUUUCUUCGAUAAUGACGGACGACGAAGAGGCAAUGGCUGAGGUUGAAGCAGCAACCUCGCCGCCCAGCAGCGGAACGGAAACGGAAGGGUCAGACGCCGACAGUGAAACGACAAUUGGAGCGGAGAAAGUGAAUGAAAAAGAAAGAAGCGUGACGCCUUCAUCACCACAGGACUUUUCACCAGCUCAAAAUAGCACGCCUCCAAAGAUUGACAAGGCACCAAGGAAGCUUGUCCAAGAUGAAGGUAGAGCAGUAGGACGCGUCUCGAAAGAGGUGUACAUGACAUUACUAAAGAACAUGGGUGGAUCUUUCUACUGGACAAUCUUCACUUCCCUCUUCGUCCUCGCCGCCUUCUCUCCCGUGGUCGAGAACUGGAUCUUGUCACAAUGGUCACAGUCAUACUUGAAUGGUUUGGUGUCUAAGAGUGCAACGUUGAGAUGGAUUACCAUUUACGGUGGGGUUAUCAUGAUUGGUAUAGUCGUCGGUUCGUUGAGAUGGCUCGUGCUCUAUCUUGGUUCUAUCAAGGCAAGUCGCCGUAUCCAUGACAAUAUGCUCGAGAGUUGCAUGCGUGCGCCUUUGCGUUUUUACGAUACAGUGUCGAAGGGACGUCUUCUGAAUCGGUUCGGUAAGGAUUUGGAGGGUAUAGAUUCAUCAUUAGCCGACAAUUUCGGGAGAUCUAUCGUCAAUGCUCUCGGAAUAAUUGCUUCGUUUAUCUCUGUGAUGCUUAUCGGUGGAUUACCCGCCAUCGCCGCUCUUAGUGUGUUAUCAGUGCUGUACUACCAAGUUGGAAAGAUGUACAACACAGCAUCCCGCGAGCUACGUCGUAUUGAAUCAGUGUUCAAGUCACCAGUAUACAGUCUCUACGCUGAGACUAUCUCGGGAGUGGCCACUAUACGUGCAUUCGGUAAUGGUCUAAUAAUGUCGGAGAUGCUCGAAAAGAUCGACAAUGCUAACAAACCUUGGUAUUGGUUGUGGACAUUAUCGAGAUGGUUGAGUGGACGUUUCAAUUUCUUUAGCUCAUGCUUGAUUGGAGCUACUGCAAUCGGAAUUGUUGCUGCGGGUGAUAUCAAUGCUAGUUAUGCAGGUUUUGCAUUGGCAUUUGCGAUGACCGUAUCUCAGAACCUCAUCUUGGCUGUCAGACGUCUUACCAGCUUGGAGCAGUCAAUGGUCGCGCUUGAAAGAGUGAAGGAGUACUCAGAGCUACCAUCGGAGGCUGCUGAGAUAACGAAACCACGUCCACCAGCAGCUUGGCCACACCAGGGUAAUGUGAGGUUUGAAGAUUUCAACCUAAGCUACGCACCGGAAUUGCCUCUGGUAUUGAAGGAUAUCAAUCUCGAUGUCAACGGUCGUAGCAAAGUCGGUAUCGUUGGUCCAACAGGAUGCGGGAAGUCGACACUCGCAAGUGCUUUCUUUAGAUUUACUGAGGCUGCUUCUGGUAGGCUGCUGAUUGAUGGGAUUGACGUGUCUACUCUCGGACUGACAGACUUGCGAACGAGAUUACAGAUAGUACCGCAAGACCCGACCAUCAUGUCAGGCACGCUGAGAGAAGCGCUGGAUGUGUACAACGAGUUCAGCGACGAAGAGAUACUCGAUGCACUCCGUCGUGUGCAACUUAUUCGAGGCGCUGGUAGUGACAGUGAGUCGGAAGUGUCAAACACUCGGGAAAACAAAAAUACGUUCGUUAAUUUGAACAGCAAGGUGGAUGAGAAUGGAUCCAACCUGAGUAGUGGAGAACGACAACUGAUGGUUAUCACAAAAGCCAUCCUUAAUAGGAGCAAAGUGAUUAUAUUCGACGAGUCGACAUCUGCUGUUGACUAUAAGACGGAUGAGCUCAUACAAACGACGAUCAGGGAGGAGUUCACGAACAGUACGAUAUUCACGAUCGCGCAUAGAUUGCGCACCGUGAUAGAUUACGAUGUCAUUGCUGUUAUGGAUAGUGGACGGAUAGUGGAGCUUGGUUCACCGGCUCAACUGCUCAAUAAACAGAGCAGGUUUAUGGAGAUGUGCAAGGCCACUGGGAAACAGGAGUACAGUACAUUGAAGAAAAUGGCGAAUGACAAGUGA